AAUUAAAAGAUGUCUUCUUUUCUAUACUUUGCCCUUCUCACAAUUUUCAUACCCAUCAUUCUCCAUUCACCAUUUUCUCAUGCUAGCCCGCGAACCCGCCCGUUCGACAAAGUCUACGUCUUCGGAGACUCUUAUACCGACACGGGCAACCUCAACGACGCCACCCGACCAUCCAUCUUUCACCACGUGGACAGCCUUCCAUACGGCCGCACGUUCUUCCACCGCCCCACUAACCGAUACUCUAACGGCCGUCUAGUCAUAGACUUCAUAGCCGAAUCACUCAACUUACCCUACUUUCCACCCUACCUUAACAAGCACGCCAAAACCACUCACGGCGUCAACUUCGCCAUCUCCGGCUGCACCGCCAUUCCAAAUUCGUUUUUCGCCAAAAACAACCUCACAUUAGAUACCGUCCCACAAUCACUUACAACACAACUCACUUGGUUCAAAGAAUACACCAAGGGUUCCGGAUGUAAAGACGCGGUUUCAACCCCGGCUAAAUGCAAGGCCGUGUUCAACGGUGCGUUAGUUUGGAUCGGCCAGAUGGCUGCCAAUGAUUAUAACUACAUUGCUGGAUCAAAAAUCACUAGCAAGGCGGUCCAAAAGCUAGCCAUAAAGUACCAAACACAAGUUAUAAAUGAGCUUUUGAAAAUGGGUGCAAAGCAUGUAGUUGUACAAGGCUUGCCCGCGACUGGCUGUUUACCAUUCUCGUUCAUAAUGGCGCCACGCCCAACCCAACUCGAUCAGAUAGGUUGUGUUGCAUUCAAGAACAAAGAAAGCUACGACCAUAACAUCGCGCUACAAGCAAAACUACAUGAACUACGCAAAAUGCACCCGUCCGCGGUGAUUGUGUAUGGUGAUGAUUGGCAUGCGUACCGUGAGGUUUUCGGUAAUGCUGCGAAAUAUGGGUUCGUUGAGCGGUUUAAAGCGUGCUGCGGGAGUGGAGGGGGGGCUUAUAACUUUGUUCCGGAUCCGAGGAGCACGUGUGGUGCCCCUGGGGCGAUGUCGUGUAAAGAUCCGUCGCGGUAUAUGAGUUGGGAUGGGUUACAUGUGACCGAAGGGUUGAACCGGGCGGUCUCCAAGUUGUUUAUCGACGGUUUGUUCGCUCAACCGCCGUUCCCCUAUCUUUUGAAAAAAGCGGUUGAAUCAUGAAGGUGAUGAUACUCUAACGUACUACAUGUUUUGUCUAGAAUUAAUAAGUUUGUAACUUUUAAUGAUUUGAUGAAUGCUUGAGAUGAAUAAGAAUGUAAGAGGGUAAAAUUUGGGUAUUUAAGUUAUGUUAUAAGUUAUAACCAUGGUAUAAGAAUAUCGAAAUUAUAUGUUGUUUAAGGGCACCUUCAAUGUCGUCUAGGGAUGACCAUGGACAAGAGAGUGGACGUUCUUAUGACUUUUUUUUGGAAGAACUUACUAAAGUUAAUAUAUA